AUGGAUGUGUUCAUGAAAGGACUUUCCAAGGCAAAGGAGGGAGUCGUAGCAGCAGCAGAAAAAACCAAGCAGGGUGUGGCAGAAGCGGCAGGGAAGACGAAAGAGGGUGUCCUCUAUGUGGGUUCCAGGACCAAGGAGGGAGUUGUUCAUGGUGUCACAACAGUGGCUGAGAAGACCAAAGAGCAAGUGUCUAAUGUUGGGGGAGCUGUGGUGACAGGAGUGACGGCGGUGGCCCAGAAGACAGUGGAAGGAGCAGGGAACAUUGCUGCAGCCACUGGCUUGGUGAAGAAGGAUCAGUUGGCCAAACAGAAUGAAGAAGGUUUCCUGCAGGAGGGAAUGGUGAAUAAUACAGAUGUUCCUGUGGAUCCUGAGAAUGAGGCUUACGAAAUGCCUCCAGAGGAAGAGUAUCAAGACUAUGAACCUGAAGCAUGAGAGUCCUUCCCUUCCUUUGUAUCUCCUGAAAUCUACUAACUACUAAAGACGUCCCAU